AUGAGUGACCAAGUGGUCCAGCUCUCCUCAGCCUCCCACCAUGAGGACAUGCUUCAGUCAAUUCACCAGCUGAGACUGCACAGCCACCUGUGUGAUGUCACAGUCCAGGUGGCCUUCCAUGGUGAGCUGGAGGAGUUUGAGGCUCACCAGGUGGUACUAGCUGCCUCCAGCGGCUACUUCAAGAACAUCCUACUGGCCCCGGACCCACCUAAGAAACUAUUCCUGGGGAACGUCCGAAACACUGAUUUCACCAGGUUCUUGGAAUAUAUAUACACUGGCAAACUGGAGGUGGAUGAAAAGUUUGCUGAAUACAAGAUUGGCGUGAUCUGUGAAGUGGCGACACUGUUUGAGUGUAAAAGCCUUAUGGAGGCUUGCAGCUCGGUUCUCGAUGAAGGCAGCUCGAGUCUGCACGGGGCUAAAUCAUCCAUGUCACAAGACAAGGAGGCUGAUUUGGAUGAUGUAGAGGAGGGGGUGCUGGGGGUCAGGGUAAAUAAAAUUCCCAAAAGAGCCUCCACCAACAGGCCGACCUAUCCAACAAGACCAGAGAGGAGGGAGAGGACGUUGAAAAGGGCAAAAGUCCCGGUCACAGCUGAGGAGGAGAGAUCAGAGGUGAAUGAAGAUGCUGAGAUCUCUGGGAGGAAAAGUAACAGUCUGGCAGGCCGCAGAGUCUUCGUUGACAUUCCUAAGAAGAAGUACGUGAGGAAGAUGAAGGACCAGACCAAGACGCAGACGGAGGAUCUGCCUGACAACACUCAGACCAAGACAGCCGGUCAAGAGGAGAACACUGAGAAUACACAGAAGGAGGCAGGAGAGGCCCUUCCAGAGCUGCUGCCUGAAAAAGAGGGGGCGGGGCUGAGGAAGGAAGCGAUGGGUGAGGAAGGUGCCCUCAACAGAUCAUCCAGACAUGCUGACACCCAAAACAAGUGUGGCAAGUGUCAACAGACCUUCCACGAUGAUAAGAGCUACCUGAAGCACUUUAAGGAGGUGGACCACGGUGUGCAGGGGGAGGUGACAUACCAUUGUGACACCUGCCAGCAGACUUUUGCCAACUGUUGAAACCUGAGGAUCCAUCAGAGACACUUCCACAGUGACGAGAGACUGUACCCCUGCGAGGUCUGCACCAAGACGUUCAAAUGCAAGAAGGACGUGAUGCGCCUCCGACGAAAGGUGCAUGAGGGAGGCGGUGUGCGGCACACCUGUCUUGUGUGUAACAAGGCGCUGAGCUCUAAGACAGCGUUGACGCUACACGAGAGAACACACACAGGAGACAAGCCCUACUCCUGCACUGACUGUGAAGCCAAGUUUUCCCAGAGCUCAGCUCUCAAGACACACCACAGGACUCACACAGGAGAGAAGCCUUUCGCCUGUGACCAGUGUGAUGCAAGGUUCAGCCAGAACCACAUGUUGUGUUAUCACAAGAGGGCCCACACAGGAGAGAUGCCUUUUAUGUGUGAGAGCUGUGGGAAAAGCUUUGCUUCUAAAGAAUACCUGAAACACCACUCCAGAAUCCACACGGGCUCCAGGCCUUACAAGUGUGAACUCUGUGGUCGGGCCUUCGCCCAGAGUGCUUCCAUUCAUAGUAACUUAUUACUGCUGACCUUUAACCCCUGUCUGACCUCUGUAUGUUCUGUCUCAGGUGAGCGUCCGUACCACUGUACAGAUUGUGAUAAGCAGUUCACCCCGCUGAAUGCCCUCCAGAGGCACCAGAGGAUUCAAACAGGGAAGAAGCCUUACAUGUGUCCUUCAGAAGCCUUCACGGACAAGUCCACUGUACGCAGACAGACCAUUCAUGAACAAAACACUCUAUGGAAGAACUACCUGGUGGUCCUGAAGUACAACAUGAGGUAAAGACUAAGAAACCCAGAUGCCCUGGUAGGAAGGUAAAAGUUGAAAAUGUAGUGGUUGGAGAGGUGGAGGGGGAGAGUGGAGUUGGAGGUAGGCUCCAGGAGGGGGCCAUGUUGGUACAUGGUGAGCCCUUCACCCUUUCAGCCAACUGGGGCGACUCAGGGACCAUCACCCUGGUCAGCCACACCACCCUGGGUGGGUUCACGGUCAUCCAGACAGAGAUGCCGGCAGGGACCCACCUACCCAUUGUCACCACAGACGGGGCCGGUGUCAUCUCUCUGGAUGGAUCCACUGUCUCUGUCCCCUUCUCCGUGUCCUCUAUCCCUGUCACUGUGUCUCACUCCAUCCCGGUUUCCCCGUCGUCCUCC